AUGGACCACGCGACAUUGCUGGCAACGAAAUGGCUGAACCCAACAAAAUUGGCCGAGUUAGUCGUGAGCCAUGGCCUACAAUAUAAGAAGGGCAAGUUCAGCACCAUCGAGGAAGAGCUGAUUAGCACCGCACUUGAAGAAUACCGUAUUCAGCGGAAUAUGAGCGUUGAUGCCCUCCGCGACGUUAUUUUCGCAAAAGGUAAAAAGGCCAGGGAGGCCAACUCGACUUUCUGGUCUGAAAUCACCACCUCCGUGCCGCAGAGACCCAUCAUCGCCGUUUAUCACCAUGUUCGAAGAACCUGGCAUCCUUUGAAGCGUUUGGGCAAGUGGUCUGCAGAGGAAGAUGCUGCGUUGAGAGCGGCUGUUGUCGAAUACGGUCAACAAUGGGAGCGCGUUUCCGAGAAAGUCGGACGCAUGUCUUCAGACUGUCGAGACCGCUUCCGCAACCACAUUCAGCAUCGCGAAUCCCGCGUCUUCGGUCCGUGGACAGAGGAAGAAGAGGAGGACCUCACUCGAAUUGUCCGCGAACUUACUACCGACCAGGGCAAGAAUGCGGAGAAUGACAUCUUCUGGGGUGUUGUGAGCGAACGCAUGGGCAACAGGAGAACUCGACAACAAUGCCGGAUUAAAUGGACUGAUGCUCUCAACAAGCGGGUCAAAAACCAAGGCAGCAAGCCUAGAUGGUCAGGCCAGGAUGCAUAUAUUUUGGUUCAAAAAAUCGCGUCUCUCAAAAUCUCACAUGACAGCGAGAUUGAUUGGAAACUCAUCGCCGAUUCGGACUGGAACCUCUGGAGCGCGCAUCAGCUUCAACGACGGUGGUUCCGCAUGAAGAAAGGCGUUAAAAACGGCGAAACGAUGCCGUACCCCGAGCUUAUCGUCAUUCUCAAAGAAAAGAAAUCGCUGCCACUCGCAAGUACGAUCGCGCGCCAACAGGCUGGAAACAGGCUGUUGAAAAGCAAAGAAACCAUUUCGGAAAAUGAGGAUGAGGAUGAGAUUUCCGAAGUGGAGCAAGGGUUGGCUACGGCGGCGAAUGUCAUCGCUGGGCAUGUCGCGCAGGGUGCAAAACCGUUCGCGCGCAUCGUCCGGAACGAUGAUAACGAGUCAGAAGAAGAAGACGAGGACGAGGAAUAG